CCAGCACCUGCAUGUACUUCUCAAUAAUUUGAUACCAUUGCUGCACCGGCAGUUGGUUGAUGCUGUCGUUUUUGUUGUGGAGCAGGCACAGCCCACAAUUUUCAACCGAGGUUCCUUGUUCAACAUCGGCUUCCUGGAGUCCCGUAAAGUGGACCACUUCGAUUGUUUUAUCUUCCACGACGUAGAUAUGAUUCCCACCCACGACGGCUGCAUGUACACGUGUGGAGACAACCCUAGACAUUUCAUCUCCUCCAUCAACUUUAAGGGGUUGGUUUCUGUGUGGUCGUUGCCGUAUGAGCGCUACUUUGGCGGGGUGGUGGGUAUGGCACGUGAGCAAUACCAGCGCAUCAAUGGGCACUCAAAUCUGUUCUUUGGCUGGGGAGGAGAAGACGAUGAUCUCUACCUCAGAUGUCAACUCAAAGGCUACAAGCAUGUCCGCUACCCAGUGGUCAUCGGGCAAUACUACAGCUUCAAGCAUGACAGAGACAAGGGCAAUGAAGAGUUUCCGGACAGAUUCAAAUUGUUCCGGACAACACAGAUACGUCAGGAUGUGGACGGUUUAAACAGUGUAGCCUAUCGCCUGGAGAAGCUGGAGUUCCGCCCUCUCUACACCUGGAUCUAUGUGUCUGUGAACAUGGGGCAGAUAGUCAGGGUGAUUGGGUCAAGACGAAGUCCAGUUUCACAAACGACACAAUGA